CCGUGGAGCAGAGGACAACGCACCCUGGGGACACACACUUGACUCGUUGCCUUUUCGUCAGCAUCCUGCUCGCUCUAUCUCUCCUCACCUCCCUUCCCUUCACCUGCUGGACCCCGAACCGAGCGAGUACGACAACCCGAGCCGAGUCGAGCCAGAUCCAACUGUCUCCUGCAGUCACUAUGGAUAUUGCCAUCCAGCACCCCUGGUUCAGACGUGCCCUGGGCUCGGUCUACCCUGCCCGACUCUUUGACCAGUUUUUCGGAGAGGGCAUGUUUGACUACGACAUCUUUCCCUACACCACCUCCACCAUCAGCCCCUACUACAGACAGACACUGUUCCGCAACUUUUUGGAUUCUUCUACCUCCUCCGGCUUGUCUGAGGUGAGGUCUGACAGGGAUAAGUUCUUAGUCUACCUGGACGUCAAGCACUUCUCUCCUGAUGAGCUCAAUGUGAAGGUCACUGACGACUACGUGGAGAUCCAGGGCAGGCAUGGAGAAAGACAGGACGACCACGGUUACAUCUCUCGCGAGUUUCACCGCCGCUACCGCCUCCCCUCCAGCGUCGACCAAUCUGGGAUCUCCUGCUCCCUGACAACUGACGGUCUGCUUACUCUGACCGGGCCAAAGGUUGGCGGGGGGAGUGAAUCCGGCCGCAUCGAGCGCAACAUCCCCGUCACCCGUGACGAAAAGCCCAACGCCGCUCCAUCCUCUUAAGAGGCCCUGUGGUUGACCAUAAGUCGGCGACCUGCGUCUGCUCGCAAUUCUUCCUCUCUGUUUCCGAGUCCUCCUCGCUUCACUUUCUCCUCUCUAGAUUCUGCUUAGCUCCCUCUUACAGUUUGAGUAGCAUUCUAGUUUAACAAACCUCUGCCUGUGAGGGUGGGUCCGGAGGGGCGGCUGGAGUGUUUCAAGGAGAAGAGUCAUCCAAGGGACGAGAUGUUCACAUGACCUGGCGCUUCAUUCUGCUGAUUGUUGUUGAUUUGUUUCAGAGUGGUGCCUCUAAUGGUGCAGAGUUGAGCUUGGAGGUAAAUGUUAAACACCCCCGGCCCCAGGUCUGGCUGCUGCCUUUCUUCUUCUUCUCUCGUCUUGAAUAUGUUCUGGUACUGUAGUCGAAGGCCUUGUUCAGUGGAGACCUGCUCGUUACUGAGAAGUCCAUACUAAAGAAACAUAUAAUAAAGCUGUACAAUUAACAAAAGGCAA